UCUAUGAAUCCCUUUCUAUAGGCUAGGCUAGUGUAUAGUGGAUGCUAAUAUACAUACUCAUGCGCGCUGUUAAAUGAAGCACAGCUGUGACGAUACUAUAUAUAUAGGGGCCUAAUCGAUAGCGCAAAAAACUACGUUGUUCAACAUUUAGGUGGAUCACGGACCAUUUACACAUGUACAAGCUGUCGUUUAGUGCCGCAUGGGAUGUGGAAAGAGUUUGAAAAUGAAACCUCCAAAUAAUUGCUGUAGAAACGCCCAUACUUGGGUAGUUAUUUUGAUUGUUCUGUUAGCAGGACUGCUGUUUUAUGUGUUACAGGAUCGUCAGUUGACUGUCUUGAGCAACACUGGUCUUUUCCGCGACGAGGAAACGACGGGGCAGCAAUGCCGACCGUCGCCGCACAUCCAGGGGACCACGGGGAGGGUUUAUCAGCUCAGCAAAGCCAGGACUUAUGAAGGGAGAAGGGAGUUGGCGCCGGCGACAUCGACAUCCUGUAAGCCGUACAGCGCCCGAGCAGGCCGGCGCUGCGAUCGGUGGAUCGUGGUAACGACCAUCCACCCUUCCACGCCGAUCCUCCGGAAAAUCAGCUCCCUGUCCGGCUGGUGCAUGGUCGUAGUGGCGGACAAGAAGGGACCGGUGACCAUGGACAUCCCCAACGUGGAUUACCUGGAUGUAGUCCAACAGGAGAGCUGUGGCUACCAAAUCUGCCGCCUGUUGCCCUGGAACCACUUCGGAAGGAAGAACAUCGGGUACCUGUACGCCAUCGAACACGGGGCUGAGAUGAUCUAUGACACCGACGAUGACAACCAGCCACUAUUUGACGAAUUGCCGGCGUUUGACAACGUCGGUUACUCCAAGCAGUUACAUGUAGCGGGGCACCUCUGGAAUCCUUACCCUCAGUUUGGUGCCAACACCAAGAUGUGGCCCAGGGGGUUUCCCCUCAGUCGCAUCACGGAUCCCGCCACUAAGAGGGUGGAUGUGAUAAACGGGACGGUGGCCGCAAGACGAGCGGGCGUGGUUCAGUUUUUGGCCCAACAUGAUCCCGACAUAGACGCUAUCUACCGUUUGACCAACGAGCUCCCGUACGAGUUCGACCCCGCACCCCGCCGGCUCUUCGUACCCGAGCGAGUUAUGUCCCCGUACAACGCCCAGGCCACCUUGCACGCACACCAGGCUUUCUGGGGGCUGCUCCUGCCAGUCUCGGUCCACGGCCGCGUUUCAGAUAUCUGGCGGAGCUACUUCACGCAGCGUCUGCUGUGGGACAUCGGCAUGCAGGUGGCUUUCCACUCGCCCUUCGUGGUGCAGUAUCGCAACCCCCACAACUACAUGGCCGACUUUGACAGCGAGAUGGACUUGUAUUACAAAGCCGAAACCCUCGUCAAAUUCUUACAAGAAUGGACACCGGAAAAGUCUUCCACCUCCCUGCAACAAAUACUGUUAGACUUGGCAAUUCGACUGUAUGAGUUUGAUUUCUUCGGAGUACAGGAUGUGACUUUGACGGAAGCUUGGAUUCAAGACCUUCAGUGUCUUGGAUACAAAUUUCCACUUCAUCCAUCUCUCAUCACACAAAAGUCAUUGGUUGAUGAGGCAUUAUCAGCAACGUAUCUUCCCUUUUAGGUUAUGAUGGCUUUUCCAAAACCUCGAAUAAGUCUGUGGCUUAGGCACUGCUUGUCUCGGACUCGAGGAUAAUUCAGGAGGCUUAUAACACUCGGAUCAAACGAAAUAACACUUUUGGUGUCGUAUAAUAUUCAGAUUUGAUGUUGCACUUCACGUGCUCUUCAACUAAUUCUUUUUUGUUGUUUUUUUGUCUUGUAACGAGUAUUUUUUUCUUCUAUGUUUGUCGUCUGCAGCAGUGUCAAGAAAAGUUUUAUUUU